UUAACCACUUCCCAUCUGGCCCAUGUAUAUAAACAGCCGGACGGGAGCAGUGCAGGAGUGGGUUGCUGUUCAUAAAUGGCACCCGCAUCUUCAGCUUGUGUGCGCUCCCAGAGGACAUAGCGGAACACCGAUCGCUGCCCACUGUGUCCCCUGUCCACAGUGGAACACAGAUAGAUGUAUGAGACCUCUGUGUGAGGUCCCGAUUCAUGUAAUCACUGAUUGGCCAAUCAGUGAUUACAUGAACAGUAGUAAACAAGAUUUCUCUUCCUGACAUCAUUGCUUACUACAUGUGAAAUCUGUGAAUGAUCACAGAGAUCACAUGGUACAAGGCUAUUCACAACAGCCUUGUACCAUGUGACAAGCUGGGACCAAUCACAGCUCACACAGUA